AUGAGUAAUAUUUACAUUCAAGAACCAGCUACUCGUGGAAAAGUUGUUUUAGAUACAACAGUUGGUGAUAUUGAAAUUGAACUUUUCUCUAAAGAAUGUCCAUUAGCAUGUCGAAAUUUUCUUCAAUUAUGUAUGGAUGGUUAUUAUGAUGGUACAGUUUUUUAUCGAGUUGUACCAAAUUUUAUUGCACAAGGUGGCGAUCCAACUGGUACAGGUGAAGGAGGUGAAUCAGCAACUGGUGCAUUCUUUCCAGAUGAAUUUCAUACACGUUUACGUUUUAAUCGUCGUGGUCUUGUUGGUAUGGUUAAUCAUGGACCAAAUACAAAUGCUAGUGAAUUCUUUUUUACAUUGGGUAGUGCUCCGGAACUCGAUAAAAAGAAUACAUUAUUUGGCAAAGUUGUUGGUAAUACAUUAUUUAAUAUGUUGAAAUUAGGUGAAGGAGAAAUUAUUGGUGAAACACCUGUACAUAAACAUAAAAUAAUCAAAGCAGAGAUUAUAUCAAAUCCAUUUGAUAAUAUGGUAUCUCGUCCUCGAGCUAAACCACAAAUGAUUGAUGAUGAUGAAACGAAUAAAAAAUCUAAAGAAACCGUACAUGCUAAAGCAAUCAAAAAUUAUGGUCUUCUUUCAUUUGGAAAUGAAGCUGAAGAAGAUGAAGAAGAAAUAACAAAAAUUUCAAUGACAUUUAAACAAAAAGGAACUGGAAAAAGUGCACAUGAUUUAACUGAUGAUUCAACAUUAAGUAAAAAUACAGUUCUAUUAGUUGAAUAUAAUGAAGAAAGUGAUGAAGAAUUACCUAUAGAAAAACAAAAUUUUAAAUUAAAAGAAAAAAGUGAUGGAGAUUUUGAUAAAGAAGAACUUGAUCGUGUACGACAAAAAUUUAAUGAAAAAAGAUUAUCUAAACAAGACAAGAAAAAAGCAAUUCAACUUAAUAUUGAUGAUGAUGAUGAUGAUAAUCAAGAAGAUAUUUCAUCGUCAAAAUCAAAUGAAAAUGUUAAAUUUGAAAUUGAACGAUUAAAAAAAGAACUAAAACAAUCAAAAAAAUCAUCAAUACCUAGCAAAUCAUCAGAAGAUAUCGUCCAAGAAGAAACAGAACCUGCACCUUCUCCUACUCAACCAGUUACUGCAAAUAUGUCUGUAUUAAUGGAUGAACUGAUGGCAGGUACAAGACGAAAUAAAAAGAAAAAUCAAAGUAAUGAUUCGAAUUCCAGAGAAUUUCAAACACUUAAUCUAUUAGAAAAAUUUCGUACAAAACUUCAUGCUGCUAAUAAUGAACCAACUAAUGAACUUGUAAAUGAAACAAAAUUAGAACAAAUAGCUGAUAAAGUUCCAGAUCAAAUUUUACAACAUACUUUUGUAUCUGAACAACUUUUAGAUAAUGUUCAAGAUAUUUAUACCAAUGCUGAUUUAUUAACUGUUUAUGAUCCAAGAAAUCCUAUGACUAAACGACGACGAGAUGAAAGUAGUAUGUUACUUCAUCAAAAAAAACAUAAAGGACGUUCAUAG